CUUGGCUGGCGGCGGUCGCGAGCAGAGCGGACGACUGUGUGCUGCGGAGGAGCGCGGACGUCCCACCUGGAACGGACUGACCACCGCUGACGGACACUGGGACACGCAGAAUGGGCCGACUUACGGGCGCCUGGAUGUUGCUGGCUUUGGCCGGCUGCUGCCUGGCCGGCGACAUGAUGCGCAAGUCGAUCGUGUACAACCCCAAGACGCCGGACGUCUUCUACUGUCCGCUCUACAAGCCCAAGUCCUUUGACGACAUGUUGGUGAAGUCGCGGCCGCUGAGCAAGCUCUGCGAGUUCAAGGGUCGGCCGCUGCCGGCCGAUUACAAGUCGGACUGCUAUGGAGACGUGGACGAGACAGAGUUCGCGUGCGCCGAGAAACAUCGCAUCCUGCAGCGGCUGCAGUCGGAGGAGGAGGCGCUCAACGGAAUCUGGGACGGCCAGUGAUGAUGAGGAGAAACCCUCCGGGCGCUGAAAACGCCAUCGACGUGGAAGACGAGUUCGUCUACAGCUACUACGGUUACAACAGCCUGUGAGCGAGCCGGAACAACUUCAGCCUGCACCAGCACCGAACACGGCUAGCGGCGCCGGCCGACCGCAGCGCUACAGGCCGGACCGACCGACGCGACACCUAGCGCCGGCGCCGCGAGUUGUGUUCGACGUCCGCGCCGCGCCCCGUCGGGAGCCUGGCCGCGGACGGAGUAGUGUCCCACGGUUUAACUCGGCAGCGACGGGCUGCCUCUAACUGCCCGACACAGCCCUACUAAGGCGAUAUUUGCCGCUAUACCCUAACUUGUCAUACAGCGAGUGAUUCUGUGGAUCUGUUUGUGAGAUGAGAUUCUGAAGUGCGAGAUACAGCUGUGAUCGAGGGUUUGAUCUGACACGAACUGAGCCCAAUUGGAAGGAUCUUCGUCAAUGUUUUGCAGUUUGCGAUGAUUUUCAAAACAAUUAUUAAUUCAUUAAUUUAAUUACCAUCCGAUGUAGCAUAGUCUUGUGAAAUACAUAAACACUUCACCCGAAAAA